GAUGGCGGCGCCCAGAGGCGCGACCCGGCGUGGGGACAGCGGGGCCCGGCCGUGAGGGACAGCGGCGACAGCGGCGACAGCGGCGACACCGAGACAGCGAGACAGCGGCGACACCGCCACUGCGGCGCCAUGCGGCUGGGCUGGCUCCGCGCCCUGCCCCGGCGGCUCUGGGGCGGCCCCGCAGCGCCGGAGCUCUGUCGCAGUUUGUGCCAGCGCCCCGCGCGUGUCCCAAGCGAGGGGAGCGACAGCGCCGAGGGGACCCCAAAACCUCGCAGAGCCCCGAGCCGCGACCCCGCGGAGGGCGACACCCGGGGGGGCGACACCUCGGGGGGUGACGCCUCGGGGGGUGACGCCUCGGGGGGCGACACUUCAGGGGGUGACGCCUCGGGGGGUGACGCCCCCAAGCCCCCCCUGAGCCGCCUCCGCUCCCGCCACGAGCGCACCCACGGUGACCCCGGUGGCAGCGGCGGCCGCGCCGACCCCGGGGCCGCGUUCGAGGCGGCGCUGCGGGAGCUGUCCCGGGCCCCGCCGGGCCGCGGGGGCCGCCUGGCGCUGGUGGAGGCGGCGCUGGCGGCGCUGCCCGCGCUGGGAGCCGAGCGCAGCCUGGGCGCCUACAACGCUCUGCUGCGGCUGCUGCCCCGCGGGGCCUGGGUGCCGCGCGGCCCCGUGCAGAGGCUGCUGUUCCCCUUCCCGCGGCAGCAGGAGUGCGGCCUGCGCCUGCUCGAGCAGAUGGAGCGCUACGGUGUGAUGCCGGACGCAGAGACGCAGUUCCUGCUGCUGGGGGUGUUCGGGCCGCGCAGCCGCCCCAUGCGGAAGCUGCAGCGGAUGCAGUUCUGGCUGCCGCGCCUGCGGCACCUGGACCCCCACCCGCAGCUGCCCCGGCCGCUGCCCCCCGGGCUGGAGGCUGCACGGCUGGGGCUGCAGCGCAUGGCCUGCGACCCCGGGGCCGUCAUCAGUGUCAUCCAGGCGCCGGUGCCGGACUCGGGGGAGGAUGAAGGCUCCAUCCAGCCCUUCAUCGUCAGCUGUCAGAGCCCGGACCAGCGGGAGCUCCUGGCCCAGCACGGCCCCGCCCGCCCGGUGUUCGUGGAGGGGCCGUUCCCGCUCUGGCUCCGCGGGACCCUCCUCAAAUACUUCGUGCUGCGGGGGGACCCCCUGCCCCCCGAGCUCAGGGUCAGACCCCCGGACCCCGAGCGCAGCUUUUACUUCCCGCUGCACCUGGAGCUGGAGCUGGAGCGCGGCCCCUGGGACGAGGACGGCUUCGCCGUGGACAGAGCCGAGGAGGGCCCGGUGCUGGCGUUUUUUGUGUGCGUGCCAGCGGGCGCCGCGCGCCGCUACCUGGCCGCGUCGGCGGGCGCUGCAGGAGCAGAACCCCGCGCUGGCCGCCACCCCGUCAUCUUCCGCCUGCCGGCGGCCGAGCCCCCGAGAGCCCGGCUGGGCCAGGGCAGCCCCGCCCGGGCCGGCGCCGGGGGCCGGGCCGAGGCGGGAGAGCCCGCGGCGGCGGGGAAUAAAGGGGCUGCGCACCCGGGGCUGUCGUGA